AUGCAGAUUUUUGUUAAGACUUUGACAGGAAAGACAAUCACUUUGGAAGUUGAACCAUCGGACACAAUUGAAAAUGUAAAGGCAAAGAUUCAAGAUAAGGAAGGAAUUCCACCUGAUCAACAGCGUUUAAUCUUUGCAGGGAAGCAAUUAGAGGAUGGAAGAACUCUCUCUGAUUACAAUAUUCAAAAGGAGUCCACUUUGCAUUUAGUCUUAAGACUCAGAGGUGUCUUAAGACUCAGAGGUGGUAUGCAGAUUUUUGUCAAAACAUUGACAGGAAAGACAAUCACUUUAGAAGUUGAACCAUCGGACACAAUUGAGAACGUUAAGGCAAAGAUUCAAGAUAAGGAGGGAAUUCCACCUGAUCAACAACGUUUAAUCUUCGCAGGGAAGCAAUUAGAAGAUGGAAGAACUCUUUCUGAUUACAAUAUCCAAAAAGAGUCCACUUUACAUUUGGUAUUGAGACUUAGAGGUGGAAUGUAA